AUGGCCUCCUCCACGAAUCUGUCGGAGAGAGGGCUCAUCGCGGUGACCUGGACAGGCGCCGGGCUGGGGAUCCUCUUCACCGGCUGUCGCCUGGCCAUCCGCUUAACGCGACUGAAGCGACUGCUGGCAGACGACUAUGCUAUCCUCGCCGCGCUAUUCUUUCUCAUAUCGAAUGCGAUCCUGCAAACGCUUCAGGCACCGCAUCUCUACUACAUGGUCCAGACCCCGCAGGGCGGCGACAUCGCUCACCAUGCGGUCAUGUACGUUCACUACGAGUUCGUGAUCAUCGCUCUCUUCUGGACUGUGCUCUGGAGCGUCAAGGCGGCCUUUCUGGCGAUUUUCUGGAAGACAACCGACCAGCUGCCGGUCUAUCGCCGCUGGUGGUGGGCCAUUGCGGUAUUCUGUACCCUGGCCUAUAUCGGCUGCUGGUUGGCCUCUGCACUCAACUGCCACCCGCCAUCAGCCUAUUUCAAACUCGGUCAAUGCAACAAACCCAUUGACCAGCGCGGGUCUCUUAUUUCCAUCUCGUACAGCACCGCCGUGGAUAUCUUGAGCGACCUGAUGAUUAUGACCUUGGCUCUAUGGAUCGUGUGGUCAACGACCAUUUCUCUACGCCAGAAGCUCGCGCUGCUGGUCGUUUUCUCGCUAGGCGGCAUCAUCAUCGCUUUCGCUGUCGUGCGGGCCAUCAAUAUCCUGGGGCGGUCCUAUACCGACGCAGUGGGCCUGGCUGUCUGGGGUAUCGCUGAGUCCUCCAUCUCGGUCAUUGUCGGUUGCCUGCCACCGUUCAAGACCUUCCUCUCCCGCAACAACUCGACGUACGCCUCCCGCUACCCUCCUGUCUAUGCCCAACGAACGAUCAGCCAGAAGCGACCCGUUUUCAGAAACGCGAGUUCGGAUGAGGUGCCGCUAGAUCCUGAUUACGAGAUGACGAGAUCCCGAGUCCGCGUCUCAAAUGGAAAUGCUCGAUCUAACGGCUCGGACGAGGGCGAGAUUCGAGUCACCCAGGGCUUUGUAAGUGUCGCGAUGCGCCAGAGAUCAUCCCAGCUAACUCAGACAAGAGUAUCCUCAGAGAGUGAAGGGGGAUUGCCUGAUGAGUUCGCUUUAAGGGGUCAAUUACGGGAAAUCAAGAAGCAACUCCUGAUGCGCUACCCAAAGAUCAAUCGCGCUGACGGAGGGAAAAAGGAGGGAAACAGUAUACUGCAAAAAUCAAGGCUAUCGAACUUGCCCGCCUCGGUGAGUACGGACUCGCACCGUGACCGCUGGGAUCAGACGGCAAAAGAGACAAGGAUCCGAAUGCGCUGA